GUGUGGGCGCGCACGCGCGGGUGCGUGUGUCCUGCCUUUAUUGGUAGAAAAAAAACUGUGUUAAAAGGGGAAUAACCAUGUUUAUUGUUGGUGCAUAGCUUUCUAUUUACUAAACUGUGGAUUAACUCUAGUAAACAUGUUUUAUCUAUGUUUUUGAGGUAACUAGUUUUACUACAGUAUCCCAGGUUUUUUGGUUUUAAGUGUAGUAAUCCCGUGGGAUCAUUUUCCUGGACCUUGAAGGCUAAUAAUAACAGUCAUUUUUCAUCUCGUGGGGACUUUUGAGGAAAACAGCUUAUAAAUCAAACUAAAUCACGUUUGAAACCAUCAAAAUACAUCAAACACCCUAACCCACAAAAUACAGUAAAAUAAAAAGCAUUCUGUCUUAUGGAAAGUCCUCAUAAAAUAUGUAAACCCAGCAUGUGUGUGUGGAUUUGUUUUUAUAUGUUAGUGGGGACCUAAACCUGAAUGCACACCAGCUCAUGGGGACUCGUGUCACUGUGAGGUCCUCAUGGGCAGAAAAAGCGUAUAAAUUGUACAGAAAGAUAAUUUUUGAAAAUCUAAAAAUGCAAAAAGUUUUCUAGGAUCUUUAGGUUUAAGGGUUAGGGGAUAAAAUAUACAGUAUGUACAGUAUACAACUCAUUUCACCCAUGGACUGGAUAAUAAAACAUACGUGUGUGUGUGUGUGUGUGCGUGUGCAUGUGAAUGAAGAGCUGUAUUGUCCAUAAAAGGCUUCAGUCAGCGCUUCAGCUGGAGCUCAGCAUCUCACACUCAGUCAUGUUUACACUGAAAACGGGACAAUUGCUGAAUUAUAUUGCAAUGCAUCGUCCGACACAUGACGACGAAUGAUAUAAACCUGUUAUUACUUAUAAAUCAAGUAAUUAUAACUCAAAUUAUAAUAACUCACGUGCAAUCAAGCGUCAUUGAUCUGUGACAUGAACACGUGUGAGCUGAUGUACACAUGCAUGAAACAGCUGACAGCCCCACCCCCUCUCUUUUAAAAGCAUGUUUAUCGUGGAAAGAGAGAGACAUGUGGAGUCCGUCACACGCACAACCGGUCCGGUCGCUUCUUAAAUUCAGCGCGUUUCCCUGUUAUCAGGAACUUUUAACAAAACACCUCAGCAGAAUUCUGUCAUGACAAUCUCAUCCAGAGACCUCAAGCCGGUUAGAUCGAUCUGUGCAGCGGCUGACGUGACGUCAUCGGCGUGCGAAUCCGAGGACUGGACGGAUCUUCACGAAGCGGCUCAUCGUGGUCACACCGAUGCUCUUCGGGCUCUGCUGAAAGCUCAGCACACGUGUGUAGAUAAGCGCACGCUCCACGAGCAGACGCCUCUCCUGCUGGCCGUUCACGCUGGACACUUGGACUGUGUGAGGUUUCUUCUAGAAGCCGGAGCGGAUCCUGACAUCUGCAACAAAAACAAAGAGACGCCGCUUUAUAAAGCGUGUGAGCAGGAGUGUGUCCGCUCUGUGAAGCUUCUCCUGUUGUUUGGGGCGUCAGUAAACCAGCGAUGUUAUCGAGGCCGGACAGCUCUACACGAGACUGUGAGACGGGACCACACCGAGCUCUGCGAGACGCUCCUGAAGGCCAGAGCAUCUAUAGACGCCCGUGACGCUGAUGACGUCACACCUUUAAUAGAGGCGGCACGACACGGACGGACACCGACUCUUACCUGUCUGAUCAGAAACGGUGCUGGUGUGAAUGUUCAGUCGUGUGAUGGAAACACCGCUCUCAGUUUAGCGUGUAGACACGGACACACAGAUGCUGUGAAGGUUUUACUGCAACAUCACGCUGAUGCCAACACAACAUCACGUGGAGGACUUCUGCCUCUACAUGUGGCCACACAGCACGGACACACACAGAUCGUGUGCCUAUUGAUGCCCAUCAGCAGCCGGGCAAAGGUUCGCCAGAGCGGCAUCUCACCCCUGCACGUGGCAGCGGAGCACGACCGGCGGGACAUCCUCAGAUUACUGAUUGAAUCGGGCUGUGAUGUCAACACCAGACUCUCUGAUGAACGCUCCUCCAUGUUCUCCGACCGGCGCGUCACCGCUCUGUACUGCGCCAUCGCCGCCGGAAACACGCAGGCGGCUGCCAUGCUGCUGAACGCUGGAGCCGAUCCUAACAAGGAUCCCUUCAGCCCUCUGCUGCUCGCUGUACGUCACGGAUGUUUGAAGAGCGUGGCUUUACUCGUAGAACACGGGGCAGACGUCAACGCUCGUCCGUCAGAGCCGGCCACAGAUUUUCCAGGAGUCUUGCUGUACGCUUCACAUCUGAACGUUCUGCGCUAUCUGCUGGACAACGGCUGUGAUGCUCAGAGCUGUUUCAAAUGUGAUCGACGUCACACGGACCACAACUGGCCUCCGGUUCACUUUACACCAGUCAACACGAGCCAAAGAAGUCUUGUCUGCACAAAACCAACCCUAAAGUUUUGUGAAUGGAUGUGCUCGUCGUCCUGGAGUCAGAGAGCCGGCGCUGUCAUUCAUGUUCUGUUGGAUUAUGUAGGAAAUGUUCAGAUGUGUAGUCGGAUCACAGAUCUUCUGCAGAGGAGUCACGAGUGGCUCACUAUUAAAGAGAAAACAUCAUCCCCCCGGCAGCUGAUGCACCUCAGUCGGCUGAAGAUCCGAGAGCAGAUGGGUUCUCAACGUCUUUCCUCUGUGAACACGCUGCCACUUCCCAACCCAAUGUUGCGUUACGUGUGUGCUCUACAACCUACAGGAUCCAGCGCACCAUCUUCACCUUCUCCUCAUGGACACACACACUGAUGUCUGGAUCUGAAUUCAAAAUGAAAUAAGACUUAAGAUCUGAGAUACUUCACCCAAAAAUAAACUUUCUGUCAUCGUUUACUCACCUUCAAGUGGUUGCAAAUCUGUAUAAAUGUCUUUGUUUUGUUGAACAGAGAACGAUAUUUGGAAGAAUGCGUGUAACCAAACAGAGUUCUUAUGGACCCCAUUGACCACCAUAGUAGGAAAUAUCACAGAAUUCUCAUGUUUGUGUGAACUGUCCCUUUAAGUGCUGGACCCAUGAAAUGUUUGUGCUGCUGUGUAUUUUUUAGCUUUAUUAUUUAUACUUUUAUAACUUAUAAUGUUGACUUUUAUUUUAAGCUUGUCUAUGUUAAAAACACACUGGAAAUGUGAGUGAUAAACACACAUGUGAAGGAUUUUCUCCUCAUCUUGACUGGGAUGUAGUGUUGUUGUUUGUCACACACAAAGAUCUUCUCACGAGCCGUCAAUUAUUCGAUCAUUUUAAUGAACUGGAUUAUUGGUGUCAUAGAAAAACAUCUACAAAAACCAUAAAUAAAUCUCUACAUCCCAGUGGAAUAACAUACA